CUCUUUGGUCUAAGCUCUUAAAGUUACGUACCGUUUAAAUAAAACUAAACAAAAAGAUAAAUGGUUAUUUUAAUAAAUUUGAUAGUUUUAUUUUCUUUAAAGUUAUAAUUCUUUAGAGUUAUCUUAUAAAAUUAUUUAAAUAUUUAUAAUUUAGCUACUAAAUGAAGGUUUAGUGUUUACUGUUUGCUAUAUUUUGGCGUUAUAAGUUUUUGUUAGAAUAAUUCUUACUAUCACUAUCGUGCGAAAUAAUAAGGCUUAAUUAAGCCAAUAGCAGAAUGGCUUGGACGAGAUAUCAGAAAUUCCUAGCGGUGAUGAUGGUUGUCACUGGUUCAAUUAACACACUGAGUACUAAUUGGGCAGACAAAACAGUUUCAGUAGGAUCGGAUGGACAGGAGCAUUUGUUUGAUCAUCCCUUUCUACAGGCUGCAGCUAUGUUUCUUGGCGAAAUUUUAUGUUUAGUGGCAUUCAAACUCGUACAAUUCAAAACAAGGAAUAGUGGUGGGCAUUCACUCACAGAAGGCAGCCAAGAUUUCAAUCCCUUAAUACUACUACCAGCUGCUAUGUUUGACUUGAUUGGGACUUCAGUAAUGUACGUUGGUUUGACAUUAACAUAUGUCAGUAGUUUCCAAAUGUUUAGAGGAUCAAUCAUAGUAUUUGUAGCUGUUUUAUCAACUGUAUUUUUAGACAGACAUAUUAGAAACGGUGAAUGGAUGGGUAUUGUGAAUGUGAUUUUUGGAUUAAUUAUUGUUGGAGCGACGGAUGCAAUAUACCAAAACCCUGGAGAGUCUAAGGGGAGGAACAGUCUGAUAACUGGGGACCUGUUGAUAGUUGCGGCUCAGGUGAUAUCGGCCUGUCAGAUGGUGUAUGAAGAGAGAUAUGUAGCUGGCUUGAACAUACCUUCACUUCAAGCCGUGGGCUGGGAAGGGGUGUUCGGUUUCUCAGCUGCAUCAGUGUUGAUGGUCAUCUUCUACUGGAUACCAGCGCCGCCUCACUUUGACCACAACCCCAGGGGCACAGUCGAGGACUUUGUCGAUGGAUUUGUUCAAAUUGCCAAUAGCACUGUUAUUUUGACGGCAUUCCUGGGUAUGAUAUUAUCUAUAGCAGUGUUCAAUUUUGCCGGUAUCAGUGUCACCAAAGAAAUGUCUGCCACCACCAGAAUGGUUUUGGAUUCUGUCAGAACACUUGUAAUUUGGAUAUUUUCACUAUCCCUGAGAUGGCAAAGUUUCCAUUGGCAGCAUCUCAUUGGUUUCUCAGUUCUCACCCUAGGCAUGUGUCAGUACAACAGGAUUCUACCAAAAAUCUCUAUCUCUUGCUGUGGUUGGCGUAAUCAACAGAACGAGGAUGUAGAAAACGCGGCCAGUGCAGAAGCGGAUAGACUUGACGAAAAUUAGUUAGCGACCGUAGUUACAAGUAAAAGUGUUAAUUUCUAAAUAUUUUUUUGUAAUUAUGGAGUCGUUUGUAGGGUAUAAUAAAGAAAUAAAAUAACCAAUACUGCGCUAAGAAUAAUGACAAUUUCAUUACAUAAGAGAUUUUUUUACAUAAGACACAAUUUUUUAGAAAUUAUUUUUUUUUACAUUGUAUGAUAUUUUUUAUUACCAAAGGUAACGCCUAAUGACUCCAUAUUUCAUAAAAACGAAUUAUUUCAUUGUAAUAAAUUCGAGCUAUACACAUUUAUUCCAUUUAGUAAUAAGUCUAAUUUUUUUUAUUAGGCCUUGUACUAUUCUUGAAUAAAAUUUAUUCCAUUAUUUACGCAAAGCUUUUAUAUGUCACCUACUUGUUUUUUAUUUUCUUCGUAUAUAAUCGCUAUAAAUCAUUCUAUAAGUGAAAAUGAUAUUCCUCUUCUCUAAUGUUAUUGAGGCCCCUCGUACCUACAAUACUUUACAAUCAUAGGAAUGGCUAACUUUCUCCACUCUUCAUUAUUAUGCUUUCGAUGUACUCUUAAAAUAUAUCCAUUAAGUUACAACUAAUACAUGAGGUUGCCAUAUAAUCGUCAGUUUUUACUUAUUCAUAUUUUAAUUUUGAAUAUAGUAUAUUCUGUAUCAUUCAAUUCAAUUUGAUAGAAUUUAAAAACUUUUGCUCAUAUUUUUAACUUCCAAAAUGUUGUUUAAUGUAAAAAUAAUGUAUAAAUUAAGUGCCUUAAAAUUUUACAUAGUAUUAUUAAUAAGAAUCUGAUUGUAUCUUAAUAUUUUAAUAAAUAUUAUAAAAAUUA